AUGGGCAGCAAAACCCAGACGACAGCCGAAGGGCUAUCAAAACCACAUCACCCCGAAAAUGAAGUAAACCAGGUCAUCGCACCACACCCAAAUACGAGGUUAAGUCCAGAAGGAUCCUCUGCGGACGAUGAGGCGCCAUCUAAAGAAAGCACGAAGAUUAAUCAAUCACCACCGCAAUGGUUACCGAGGUCGCUGAAAUGGCAAUAUCUAUGUGUGGUCCUUGCCACAACUUUUGUGAUUUUGGCUGUUGUGAUUGCACUCCAUGCCACGUCCCAGGCACAGUCUGGACUUGCCGAUGACGAUGGGAGCAGUGGAACCUAUUUUAUUUCCCGGUUUGUGCCAACUCUGGUUGCUGUUGCCUAUGUCUUCUCGACAACUGUAAUCCUUGACGAUGUCAAAAGAUCCGAGCCAUUUGCGCGCUUAUCAUCUCAAGCUGGAGCGCCUGUGAUCAACACAUUGUUUUGGGUUCCCGGAGCUUGGUGGGCUACGCUUUAUGAUAGUCUUCCAAGCACAAAACGAAAGCAGGCUUUUAGCUUUGCCAUGUUCUGUUCAUCUUCGGUGCUCAUACUUGGAUUUUUGAUACUAUCACCAUUUUCCUCUACUCUCCUAGUGACCCAAGAUGUCGUCUUCUCCCAGGAUACUACGUUCGGUCAAUUGUCGUUAUCUUCGAGUUUGCCGAUUCGGGCAACUGCCUCAUCCACGACUUAUUUCCGGACAAUUGGAAACGUCCUCCAGAAUGUCACAACAUCUGCCUGGAUUACCGAAAACUACGCAAUCCUUCCGUUCUGGCCAGCUGACGUCAAAGAGGGGCCCAUGGGCGCAUUCGUUGGCACGGGGAGUGAGGUCUGGAGUGCUGAGACGCUAGUGAUCAACACAGAGCUGGAGUGUGAGGCUUUGGAUCUCGCUGAGGUUUCCCUAAAUCGUAAUCCUGAAAUUACGAUGGAUGCUGCUCCAUUCAUCAGCUUUGAGAGUUCAUCUGGGUGCAGGCUGUCAAUGACUGUUGACAAUUCCACCUCUUAUGUACCCUUUGCUUCAUGGACUGCCCCAUCAGAUUUCGCAUCAGAUGAUGCAUGGGCUUCUAACACUUCUGGUUGCGUGGGAGAUGAUGUCAUGCUGUAUGCAACUGCGCUGUUCGUCGAUAACGACAAUAUUCCUGCACCUGAUCCAAAUGCGCACGCCAAAGGAUCCCUUUGCUCAGCUCAUUACUACCUUGCAAACACUACUGUCACGGUAUCGGUCGGUUCAGGCGAAUCUGUGGUGUCAAUUGAUGAGGAAGCCUACAAGAGAACACGUCAGCCAGUUCCCAGCAAUUUCCUAGACGUGCCGGGUUUGCAGACACUGUUUCUCAACACGACAUCGUGGCCUCAACGAUUAUUCUCUGGAUAUUACAUCGAACUACGAGGUCCAGGAGCACUGCUAGCCGCAGGCUAUGAAUACUCGCUGGGAGAUCUGGUGCAAGACCAAAUGUCAUUGUCGAAGGCCACGAGACUCAAGCAACGCUUUUUGGGCGAGGUCUUGCGUGAUACCUUCGAUUCAGCAUUACUUUUGGAUGACCCUAGAAUUCAGGUAGUUGGAAAAGUGAGAACCAAUCGUCGCCGAGUUGUCGUGGUACCAGUAGCUGCGGUUACAUUGGAGGUUGUUCUGUCCAUCAAUUUGAUACUACUACUUGUCACAUUUGUUGCCUCGCGGCCUUCUAGGCGUCCCCUCCAGCUACAUGCCGAUCCAGCGACGAGCAUCAACAUUGCCAGUCUCGUGUUGCAGGAUCUAAACACCCUACGACCACUCAAUGAUCCAUCUAUCCUCACACCCGCAGGGCUUCUGGCGGAGAUCAAGGACCUCUGGUGCAAAAAUAUCGACAACGUACUCUACAUCUUUGAUUCCGGUCAUCGCAACCCUCAAAACACAACCAAACUUAUUGAAAAGGUCAAGAAGAAGAGCAGUUUACCAUGGGUCCUUCACCUCAUACCUGCUACGUGCUUGUUUUUCAUUCUGUUGGCCAUAUCUGUUGCUAUAGCGGCGCUAUUAGGCUACUCUGAAACAGAUGGUCUGUAUCAAACAGCGUUCGUGUAUCAGAUUGGAUUUGAGUUUGCUGGCAUGCAACUUGACGCUAUCAAUCCUGCAUCCAUUCUCACCACCUUACUCGCCUCAUCCAUUGCAUUGUGGUGGGGCUCUGUCGAUUCGAGCAUCAGAAAACUUCAGCCAUUCUUAGCCCUGGCAAAACUUCCUCUGAAAGGGACGGACGGAGCUGGUCUGUCUUAUGAAUCAUCAUAUAUGCUCUGGGCAGCUGCAAGAGCUCUCAAACGAAAACAGUGGAUUCUUGUCCUAGUCACGUGUGGAGCCUUCCAGGCCGAAAUAUUUACCAUCGCAAUGUCUGCACUUUGGUCAAGGACGCACAGUGUUAGGAGCUUUGUAAUUGAUGUUCCAGUUUCACUAGAGAUUCGACAAGUGCCUUUGCUCAUGGUGGGGCAUUUCAACGACCACGACUUCUAUUCUAGCGCAUACGAAGGCGAAGUUCUGAGAGAAACGUUCAUCAACCAGACCACAUCUUGGAUGUAUGGUGCAAACAUUCAGCUGACUUUGAAUGGGUCAGAGCCCGCCUGGAGCUCAAACGGUUGGAGUUUUGCUCCAGUCGACCUGAGCAGUGUUCCUUCGAGAGUCACACAAAACAUAGGCAAAGACCCAUCGACAGCCGACGAAACAGGCGCACCUCUUCCUUCAGCAACUCUUGCGAUUCUCGACACAGCUGGUGUCCAUGCACGACUGGAGUGUACACCUUAUGACAAUCUUGACGAUAGCAGUAACUGGACAACGAAGCAAAAUCUCACAAAUAGCACGUACUGGAAUACUACUGUCAACCCUAGCUUGGAGACUGCUUACGAGCUGGGCACGAUUGCUUGCUCCACCGAUAAUCCCAAUAUUGGACUUGGAAUGUUCUGUGGGAGCGCAGGAGGCAUCAAUGUCUCCACAACUUUCUACGUUCAACCUCCACAGCUCGCUUGUUGUGAGAAUCGCACUGGAGAUGCAUUCGGACCAGCAUCUGUAGGCUAUUGGUCAGCAAAUCGACCUCCUGGACGCUUAUACCCUGAGGUAUCUGAUGUUUACCCCUUCAACAUCACCAUCAAAUGGCUUCGUGGCACGCCUCAGGAGGGGUUUGUUAUGGCAAAUGCUUCAGCCGAGUCUCGGCGCCUCUUAUGGCACGAACCGCCGCAGAUGACUGCUUUGAAUUGCAGACCUAUUCUUGAGACUGCGAACGCUCACGUCACAGUCGACAUAGCAUCACAUAAGGUGCAUGACUUCACGAUAACUUCUGAAACUAUACCAGUUCCCAAUGCAUGGACCGACAUUUUCUCAUAUCAUAUUGCCGACGAAGAAUACCCUAGUGACAUUAACGGAUAUCCCGUCAAUAUCACCGUCAGCUCUGGGGCCUAUUUCUUAGCUGCCAUGGUCGGCGCCAGCGACACCUCCGCUUUAUCUGCCACCGCACGAUCGGGCUACCCAGACAUCGAAUCACUAGAUGACCAGACCUUCAACAUCCGAGAGCCUGGAUUCAAUCUAGACUACAUGUCUUAUAGUAUGUACUCGCUGGUCGGUUUCGAUCCUACUGCGUUACUCGACAAGGGGAUAUUAGAGAAAAAAGCGCAACAAGUUUUUUCGACUUUCUUCCAGCACUUUGCGAGUACUUCUGUAACAACCACGGGAGGGGGCUGGGCAUUUCAGAAACUCGACGAGCGACUACCCACAGACUUGACAGACGUUGCGGACCGAUCAAUGGUGGAUCCUCCUGCCAAUCCACGAGCAGGUGAAAUGGUCACCGUCGAAGUGCUACAGCCCAUAGAGGUACUACGAAUGUCGAGAGUUGCGGCGGCAAUUGCACUAGCGAUACUUUUGUGGCUGCUAGUAACGACCGUCGCGCUAACCUACAGGAGUCAAAAUUACAAGGCUAGACUGCGGUGGCGUAUUGAGACGAUUGCCGAUGUCAUAAUGAUGGUAUCGGGCAGUGAACGGCUGAUAGAGCUUGUGAAGGAUAAAGGAUCACGAGGGGCUAAGUAUGACUCUGAUGCCAGGGAGAUACUCGGAGAAUUUGUCACGAAGGCAGGAACGAAGAGAUGGGGAGUCGAGCUGGUAGCGAACGAAGCGGAAGAGGCGCAAAGCAGACGGACGUCUGUCACAGGAGCCAUAAUAGGCAGACCAGCCUCAUCUUCGCUCGCUCGGCCAUCAGUCUCGGAGCCUCUGCUUUCAGAACGCGUGCAGGACCAGUCUAUCGCUCAUGGUACGAGAGCAUAG